AUAAAGUGUUGAAUAUUCGCCUUCUGUGAUAUAAAAAAAUAUCGUUAGAAUUUUAUACAUGUACUUGUAUAAAUUAUUAUGUGAUCAUAUCAAUGGGAGAAUUGAAAACGGUAACAGUUGAGAAUUUGUGUAAAGAAUGUGACUGUGACAAACCAGUAGAAUGGGUCUGUCUAGAAUGUAACGUACCGGUCCAUGAUUUUUGUAUUGCUGCACACAUCAACAGACAGCCAUCAUUGACGCAUAGUGUAAUUCCAAACUUUGACGCCCUCACGCAAGGACGUGUGCUUGGAACGAAAACAGUCACAAAGCCUCGUGUUGACAAAAUCAUAGUUUGUGGCCCUGGAAUUGAACCAAUUGGACUGGUCGGAGAAUUCGACAGCACAUUUAAUAUAGAAACAUAUGGUGCAGGUCACGGCCAUCUGAAUAUACAGAUAGUUGGACCGAAAGGUCAAAACAAGGGCUGUGCGGGAUAUUUUCAACAUUUUAUGCCUCGGACUUCUAAACUCAAGUUGUGUCUCUACGACCUGAAGCAUACAGAUCAUAUCUGGGAACCAGGGCAUUCGAAGUCAAAAUGGUGCCACACAGUGAAAGGAAGACGACCAUAAUGUGUUCAUAUGAUGCAAAGGAUGUCGGUGAAUACACAAUCACUGUCACGUGGUCUGG